AAAUAGCAGAGAGGGCACAGUGAUGAUUGAGGAUGAUGAAGAUGAUGGCGCUGUGGUCGCCCCUCCCGCAGCCACAGCGCCAUCUGCUGCACCACAGAGAAAGUGAGGUUUUCUCUUGGAGCUGAUGAUGAACCCUCUCAUACUGCAUUGGCUCUGGGCCCUGCCAUGAGUCAGCGUCGAUGCAAAGCUGCAGGUCAAUCAUUUCUGCUAAUUGUCAAUGCUUUAUUCCUCUCCCUAUAUCGGGCAAAGCAGGCGUCAUAUCGCCAUUUUUUCACACCUUGAAUUUUUAAGAAAUAUUUUCUAAACCAGCCAUGGAUCAGUUUCGUGGUUUAUUUGUCAAACUGGACCAAAACAAAGAUGGAUUCAUUUCUGUGGCAGAGCUCCACGACGAAAUGAGGAAGCAUGGGAUCCUAUCAGCAGAUAGCAAGGUCCAGAAUAUCAUUGAUGCUUAUGAUAAAGACAAAGAUGGCCUGUUGGAUUAUUCAGAGUUCCUCAGCUACAUGAUGGACAGAGAGAGGACCUGGAAAAUUUACUUUCAUGACCUUGACAAGAACAAGUGUGGGGUGAUUGACCAGGAGGACAUCAUAUGUUUGUUUAAGGAGUUAGGAGUGGUCAUUUCAAAGCCGAAUGCAAAAAAAAUAAUACAAAUGAUGGAUAAGGACAGUUCGAUGACAGUGGACUGGGGUGAAUUCCUGCACCAUGUCAUCCUCAACCCUGUGGACAACAUUGGGGAGCUGGUGACCUCAUGGAAACACCAGCUGGUAUUUGAUGUGGGGGAGAGCCGUGCGAUGCCCCUCGAAUUCCCAGAGGAGGCGUCUGGUUUUGGAGCAUGGAAGACGUUUGUUCUGGCAGCGGGCCUGGCAGAUGCCGUAUCCCGCACUGUGACGGCGCCCAUCGACCGCCUUAAGACCCAGCUUCAGGUCCAAGGAUCCAAGGCCUUCUCCCAAGGCUUCCAGGAGAUGAGAGCAGGUGGUCUGCGGUCGAUGUGGCAAGGUAACGCUGUCAAUGUGCUGAAAGGAACACCACAGUCGACGCUACAGUGUCUUAUCUACGCCCAGAUGAAGGUGUACACCCAAAACAGAACCCAGGAGACUCUGACGGUGCAGCAGCGUUUCGGGUUGGGCUGCGUCUCCGGUGCUGUUGCUCAUGCUGCCUUCUACCCUUUAGAGGUGUUGAAAGUGAGGCUGAACCUGCAGCAAUCUGGCACUUACAACGGUGUGGUGGCCUGUGCCAGAUCCAUUUACAGACACGAGUCUUUGUCCUCCUUUUACAGAGGAUUCAAGCCUAGCAUCCUCUGUAUGAUCCCCUACGCAGGUGUGGAGUGUGCAGUUCAUCAGUCGAUCAUGAACUGGGCAAAGAGUGAUCCGGCCUACAACAGUGACUCCAAACUGUUUUUCUUCAGUUUUGUGGCCUUUGCCUCUGGACAAAUGACCAGUUACCCACUGGCUGUGAUCCGCACUCAGCAGCAAGCUCAGGCUUUCAGCUCAGAUUCACGCCCAGCUUCAGGCGUUUUACAAGGACUCAUUGGGAUAUAUGAAAGACGUGGAAUUAGAGGAUAUUACAACGGCAUGGGAGCCAGCUUUGUCAGGGCUGUUCCAUGUGCCUUGAUAAACUACACUUUGACUAGGAAAUUUGAAAAUCUGUUUUCUUCAGUGGAGUCUUGAGAUUUAGCAAAGAGGUCGCUUUCUUUGCAUGUUGAACUGUUGCUCUUAAACAAAACCUUUCAGGGUUGUGAUCAGGAACACAAAGAAAGAACUGUGAACUCUUAUGAAUGUGAACUGAGUACACCAAAAAUAACUGGAAUCCUGAAACAAUUGCAAGAGUCAAGUCUGCCAGACAUGCACUGUCAUUUGAUUCACACUCAAAUACCUCUGUAACUUUUUUAAAGCAUUAAGUUAAGAAUGGUUUACCUCAAAGUCCAUGAGACGUGGUGAAGUCUUUUAAUACAGUAAACCUCAGACACAUGGUUGACUUGAAAUUGUGACUUAAGUGUAAUAACUGCCCACUUCAGACUGAACUGUGUAAAUGAAGUGUUGAAGUGUGAGCUGUAUAAUAAAAUAUAACAUUUUAUUUCA